AACACCUCCCAACUCUGUUGGGCCAGACACUUGUACAUAACUUCGUCACCAACACUAUAUAUAUAUUAAGGCUUCAAAGGACCUUAUUCAUUAGUUUAAGUUUGUGAAUCAAUAUCUUGCAAGUUAUUGAAUAUUCAUUCAAGCACAAGAGUAGGUCCUAAGAAAUGGGAAACUGUACAUCUUCAAAAACUCAAGUGCAUGAAUAUGGCUUCCAUGACAACUCCUGGCACGUUGAAGCCGAUGUCGACGACAACCGGAAUCAUAAGAAGGUUGGUUGUAUGCAGUCCCAGCAAGGAGCCAAAGGUCUUAACCAAGAUGCUGCCAUUCUCUAUGAGGGGUACGGCAUGAAGGAUGGAACAUUGUGUGCUGUUUUCGAUGGGCAUGGAAGACUUGGACAUAAAGUGAGCAAGUUCAUAAGGAACCAGUUACCAUCAUUACUAUUAAAUCAGAGGAAGUCCAUGAAAUGGAAUGAGGCUUUUGUUAGUGCUUUCGAAACAAUGGACGAAGAAAUUAAGCUGCAUGAGGAUGUCGACUUCAUUAACAGUGGAACGACUGCUCUAGUAGCCAUCAAACAGGGCGACGAUGUUGUUAUCGCUAAUCUUGGAGAUUCUCGAGCUGUGUUGGGAACAUUAACUGAAAAUGGAAUUCAAGCUACUCAGUUGACAGUGGAUUUAAAGCCUGAUCUACCUGCUGAAGCUGAACGGAUAAAGAAAUGUAAUGGUCUGGUGUACGCACUAAAGCAUCAACCAGACGUCCAGCGAGUAUGGUCACCUGAAGAAGACGGCCCGUGCCUUGCCAUGUCUCGAACAUUUGGGGACUUUGAUAUGAAGAGCUAUGGAGUGAUUGCCACUCCUGAAAUCUCUCAUCAUCGCGUAACUACAAAAGACCAAUUCAUCGUGUUGGCUAGUGAUGGGGUUUGGGAUGCGCUAAGCAACGAGGAAGUUGUCUCGGUGGUGUGGGCAACGAAGAACAAGGAGUCAGCCGCAAAAGCUGUUGUAUAUGAAGCUCGCACAGCUUGGAAACGCAAGUUUCCAUCGACAAGAGUUGAUGAUUGCACGGUCGUCUGUCUGUUCUUGCAAGAAAGAUAGAACAGUCUCUCAUCCCGUUCACUCCAGCUUAAAAAAGCAAUAGUAAAUAUAAGUUUUGAUCAAUACCAAUCAAUAUAGUUAGAAAAUCAAUUUGGAAAAAAAAAAAAAAAGGUUGGCUUGAAUUAGUGAAGAUUAGUUUAAAUUAGUAAAUAUUAGUAAUCUACAUAAGGAAAAAAAAAAACAGUAGAACAUCGGCAGAAAGUUUUAAUUGCCAAAAGUAUCAUUAUGUAAAACUAAAUUUUAUGUAAAGAUCAUUUUAACUAGUAAAAAUAAUCUCGAGUGAGUAAAGAUCAUAUGAAGUUAACAAGGCCCUUCAACAACUCAUUUGUACUUUGUACUCGUACAACACAACUAUCAUCUAUCGGAACCAGCGUCGUAUGUCCUUAUUCUGAAGCUGCAAUGGCUGAUUAAUGGUUUCUCACCAAAAUGUCCACGUUGAAACGUGGAACGAAUAUCAUCGUCUCCACGAGCAACAUAUAUUUACGUACACACAAGUUACAAACAGAACAGUAGAACACACCAGAUAUUGAGCACCAAAAUUAUCCCUGGUGAAGUCUUUCGGAAACUCCCACAGUUGGUUACCAACACUUUCUUUACAUAUUGUAGCUGAUUGUACUUGCAUCUACCUUUUUUUGAAAUCUUAGCAGUUGUAUUUUUGAACACUGCAGAAUAAGAUUUUUGUAUGAAGUUUAAUAAAAUUAGCCAUGGAUUGUUAUGCUAAUAAUGUCUAUUAAUCUAGAUAUGUAACACAAAGGUCAAGGAAUUACCAUAAUUUCCUUUCAAUAGAAAUUUUGUUAAAUUAAGUUUGUUCAUCUGAAAAUCCAUUGUUACCAACUCAUGCGCCUCACGUCAAGAAGGGGAGACAACAGCAGACCCCUCCCCUCUCAACCAAAAAAAAAAACAAAAA